AUGCAGCUCUUUGUCCACGCCCAGGAGCUACACACCCUUGAGGUGACUGGCCAGGAGGCAGCUGCCCAAAUCAAGGCACAUGUAGCCUCACUGAAGGGCACUGCCUGGGAAGAUCAACCUGUGCUCCUGGCAGGCACACCCCUAGAGGAUGAGACUACCCUGGGCAAGUACAGGGUGGAGGCCCUGAUUACCCUGGAAGUAGCCGACCACAUGCUUAGAGGGAAAGUCCAUGUUUCUCUGGCCCAUUCUGGGAAAGUGAGAGGUCAGAUUCUCAAGAAAAAGAAAAAGAAGAAGAAGAAAAAGAUGACAGGCAGGGUUAAGUGGUGGAUUCAGUACAACCAGCGCUUUGUCAAUGUUGUGCCCACCUUUGGCAAGAAGAAGGUCCCCAAUCCAACUCUUAAGUCCUUUUAUGAAGGAAGAUAUAUGGUUGAAGGAAAUGAACGAAUAAAUGGGAUAUCCUCUCAGGAGUACUGGGUUCAGGUUGCACCCACAGGCAGCAAGUCCCACCCUCCAGUGCCUGGGACCCAGGAGAAGAGAGGCCAUGAGGUUUUUGAAGGAAAUAACGUGGGAAAACAAGAAGGUGGACAGGAAAACAGGUUCCUGAAAAACAGGUCCCUGAAAACAAGAAGGUGGACAGGAAAACAAGUUCCUGGUCAUGAUAGGACACAAAAGCAUGCCAAUUAA